GCCUGCGCAGCCGCGUCCCGACGCCGGUGGGGCCCAGAAGCCCGUCGGACGGCGGAGGCCGCCCCGCCCCGGCUCCUCCUCUUCCCCUCGCCGCCGGCCCGCCCUCGCCCGCAAACCCAAACACUGCGGGCUGCCGGUGCACGUGAUCUCCCCGUAGUCGCUCGCGCGGAGAGAUGCUGCUCCUGGCCGCCGCCGGCCUCGUGGCCUUCGUGCUGCUCCUCUACAUGGUGUCGCCGCUCAUCAGCCCCAAGCCCCUCGCGCUGCCCGGCGCCCACGUAGUGGUCACAGGAGGUUCCAGCGGCAUCGGGAAGUGCAUUGCUAUUGAAUGCUACAAACAAGGAGCGUUUAUAACUCUGGUUGCUCGAAAUGAGGACAAGCUGCUGCAGGCGAAGAAAGAAAUUGAAAAGCACUCUAUUAAUGAUAAACAGGUGGUGCUGUGUAUUUCAGUUGAUGUAUCUCAAGACUAUAACCAAGUAGAGAAUGUCAUAAAACAGGCACAAGAGAAGCUGGGUCCUGUGGACAUGCUGGUCAACUGUGCAGGAACGUCUGUGGCAGGCAAGUUUGAAGAAAUGGAAGUUAGUUCUUUUGAGAAAUUAAUGAGCGUAAAUUACCUGGGCAGCGUGUACCCCAGCAGGGCAGUGAUAACCACCAUGAAGGAGCGACGGGUGGGCAGAAUUGUGUUCGUGUCCUCCCAGGCAGGACAGCUGGGGCUGUUUGGUUUCACAGCCUACUCUCCAUCCAAGUUUGCCUUAAGAGGGCUGGCAGAAGCUCUACAGAUGGAGGUGAAGCCUUACAAUGUGUAUGUCACCGUGGCCUACCCACCAGAUACUGACACCCCAAUGCUGGCCGAGGAAAACAAGACAAAGCCCCUGGAGACCCGGCUUAUUUCAGAGACCACAGGUGUUUGCAAACCAGAGCAGGUGGCCAAACAAAUUGUCAAAGAUGCCAUACAAGGGAAUUUUAAUAGUUCCAUUGGCUCGGAUGGGUACAUGCUGUCCUCCCUGACCUGUGGGAUGGCACCAGUGACUUCCAUCACUGAAGGACUCCAGCAGGUGGUCACCAUGGGCCUUUUCCGAACAAUUGCUUUGUUUUACCUUGGAAGUUUUGAUAAUAUAGUUCGCCGCUGCAUGGUGCAGAAAGCAAAACCUGAAAUCGUAGACAAAACUGCUUAAUUCUUGCCCCUCGGACAAAGACUGAAUGCAGUGAUUUGAAUACUGUGCUGCUAAAGGAACUCGAUUUUUGGCCUCCAGACUCACUGUCUUGUUUUUGAAUAUGUCAGAGUGGACCCAGUGCUGUUCAGAAAUCUGGCUGCAAGCAGAGGGGCAGAAGUUCGUCUCUACAGUAUUACUGUCAACACUAUGCAAAUGUGGACCAGGGCACCAUUUGGUUUCUGGGUCUUUGAGGUGGAGCGCUGAGAGCGUGAGAACUAAUGACAGGAAAACAGGGUAAAGAAUGGAAUUCCAGGAUGGCAAAUUCAGUCUUUUCAUUUAUCCUCCCUCUUGCCCAUAGGGAUCAAGAAAUGCACUUUGUGGCACAUUAACUUUUGAGAGCUUUUGAUUUUUGGUUUUUAAUUUUUCAUGAAAGAUGGUCUGGGUUUUAAUCUUUAAAAAUUUUUUUAUAUAAUUUUUCAGUGUAUGUUAGUCAAGGUGUGUCUUCCAUGAUGUGGCCCGAGUCUGGCCCUCAGCACCUCGGUGUGGUGUUUGGGACUCCCUUCUGCUAGUGAAGCUGGCUUCUCUCUCUCUUUGAUCCCGUAAGAUGCAAGGGGGAUGAGAGAGCAGCACAGAGGAAGGCAAGGGACGAGUCCUUUGUGAUGGCAGAUCAGGUGUCCUUGUCUUCUUAAGACUAAUGCUUAGAACAUUUUCAUUUUUCACUCAUGGGGAAAGGCAGCCUCUUUACGUGUUUUCUGAAGAGAAAUAAAAUUUCAUAGAAGCUUAAAAGUUUACAGUUUCUUCAAUAGCCAUGAUGACCUGAAGUUCACAAUUCCAUUCCAGCUCAGCCUCUCUGUUUUUAUCUCUCUUUCUAGUUUUGAUUAUUCUGUAAUAUUUUUGUUUAAAAAAAAAAAACAAAAACAAAGGAAAACAAAAAGGUGGAGACCAACACAGAUUUUUUUUUUUGACUUGGCUUUUUAAAUUCAUGAAUUCAUUAAAGUAAAAAAAAAAAAUUAAAAGCAUAGCAUUCAUAUCCUCACAGCAUACUGUAGCUUUAGGAAAGGUUGUGUAUUUUUCAGUCUUACUACUCUGAGAAGAUGACUGAUUUUGAAGAUCCUCUCUUGGGAAGUGAGGUGUUCAGCUGCUCUGUCUCUCACAGAGACUCUGAGCAGCAUCUUUAGCAUGGUAAAGUCUCUUGCCCUCUGGCUGCAGCAUGUGGGCAUGUGCUAGGGCUUGCAGGUCUGCUAUUCCUUGAGCGAAUCCGUGUCAAGUGCCUAUGAUGAAUCCAGCCUCUGUCCCCACUCAUGCUGUCCACUGGACAGCUCCCAGUCCCGGCCUCCUUAUAUACAAAGUACUGCAUUCCAAUUUAGUACCUCUACGCUCAAAGGGAAAACUUAGUGUUAUAAAACCAAAAACAAACAAAAGGUGUUUGACAACUUAGAAAUUACUGCCAUGACAAACUUUUUUCCCCCUCUUUUUCUUUCUUUUAAAAAGAUGGGUUUAACCUCUGUGUGGCUUAGUCUUCUGCCCCAGCCACCGAGUGCUGGCAGUACAGCUUUGCACCACCAUAGCCAAUGAGCCAAGCAUUUUUGCUCUUUGAAAUAGUCAAACUCUUGACUUUAUUGUGACUUAGAUUUUAACUAAUAAGAUAUUUAGUGGCUCCAUUUUUAUCAAGAUCUGAGAACAUAUUUUAGAUAUUGUUACAGAAGAUACUCUUUAUUAUAUGCAUUGCCCGUUAUAACAUCAUUGCUGUUUACAGGAGUAGGUUGAUAAUGCCAAGAUGGUUCCAAGACCCCUCUAGUCCGAUCUAGCCAAAGUUUGCAACUUCGGUCACAUUGGACAGGUUCCUGAUGAAAGAACUGCAUUCCUAUGUGGACAGUUUCCAACUUUAUUUUCCUGUAAAUGUUCCAGGACAGUUGGCACUUUCCACUAUUCUGUUAAGAUCUAGGCCAAGAGGGCAUCAGACACAGUACAGUUAGCUUUUUCAUUGUACCAUUUUCAGACAGUCCUUAGCUAGAGGAUGACUGUGUGGAUCAUGCCUGAAACAAAUUGAAGAGCCUUGUGUCAUGGUGGGUGGUACUGACCCUAGCCCAGUUUAAGUCAGGUUUGCAGGGAUCGCGAUGCUGUGGCAGGAAUCUUGUCCAAGGUGUUAGAGGCCUCAACACCCUUACUCACAAAGGUUUGAAAUUAGCUUUAUUUUUUUCUUCUAAAGUUGAUUCCAUAAGUACAGGUGAACUUGAUGUGGGAAUAUUGUUUUUCUUAGUGUCACAUCAGCAUAAUGUACCUGUCUGUUGACUUUACCAGACUCCAUGCAAAUGCCCUGUACCUCAGCACGUGUUCUAUGUUACCUUUGAAAAGUCCAACUGAUUGUGAACUCUGAAACAAGUGCAUGGAAUGCAGCGUUUCAGCAGUGCCCCCAAAAGGUGUGAUCUCAUCCCAGAUGUGGAAGUAUCCCAUUUUUCUGCUCACAAAAAGAAUGGUUGCUGGGGUUAGGAAGCACUUGUCCAAAUGCUAGGGGGAUCAUCAGUUCCUCCCCGCUCCCCCACCCCCCAGAGUUGAACACAUGCCAUUCUUUACCUCUUGCUAAGGCUGAGUCAGGCUGCUGAGUCACUAAACCUGACCCUAGGCUUCUAGUUCUGUUACACUGUUUCCUCUGUGUGACCAGAAGUUUGUGGGUGUCAGUUCUGAAUGCCUGUGCUAUUAGUUCGGGUAAUACUGUUUUACUGUCGUAUAUCCUUAAGUUUCUCUGAAAAUUAUUAUCAUUCUGCUAUAUAAAUUCCAACAUAUAUUUAGGGACUCUUUGUAAUUGAGAGUGAAUAGGAAACAAUCCUCAUUUAUUUAUUAAAGAAAAAAAGGUCAUGGACUAGGGAAGUGAUUCUGUGGGAGGGUUUGUGCCUGGCGUGUAGGGCUCUGGAUUUGAUUCCUCGUCCUAGUCCAAAAACAUUUUUUAUCAAAAUUGUUUACUCUUACAGUUUUAAAGUUUAGUAAUUUGCACAGGUGAUGAUUUAGAAUGUUGUUGUGGUCUCUUUCAAUUAGUACUUAUAUAUGAUUGAAUGGUAUGUAUUUAUCUGGACUUUUUAAACUACAUAUUGAUUCCUGAAAGCAAAACCUUUAAGAUAAAUUUCUGAUAACUGAUGAGAACAUUUUUAUAACAGUUGCUCCAAUUCAAAGGAUCAUAUGCAUUUGUCUUUCUAGAAGGCUGUACAGUGAAUUAUGUCAUCAUAUUUAAGCUUAUUACAUUGUGUUCUAAUUGAAAUGUGUCUUGGUCACAGUUAAAUUCGUACUUUUUGCUAGAAGAUGCUUUGUGUCUUUCUUAUAUCCCUAAUUCCUUAGGAUCUCAGCUUUAAAGGCCCCUGUUGACUGCCACCCUCCAGUUCUAGACUGGAGCCUGCUGCUCUGAUCUUGCUAGAUUAAUGGAGGGCUAUGGGCUUGAUAUCUUGAAAAGGAGAGAAUUGCCAUUAUAUUUUACAUUUGUUUGAGGCAUGAACUCUUAAGACAUUGACAAAGAGCACAUGGCUGUUUUGAUACAUUUUAGGACAGGGUUGCUACUUUAAAAGCUUUUGUGGGAGUACAGUGGCAGGGCAGUACUGUAGGGUGGUACUGUGACAAAUGUGGCAGUAUUGUAACAACUUUAAUAUCUGUAUUGAUUAAUUACACACACAAAAUAAGUGGGAAACAAGCUUUACUGAUCUGAGAAUUUAUUUUUCUAGGAAUUUGUCUUUUUGAAGAUACUUAAUCAAAAUAGAAAAGUCUUUUAUAAUGAUGUCUCUAUUGGCUUCCUAGGCAUUGCACAAGACCUGGUUUUUAUUAUUUUUAGGAAAUAAUAUUUUUACGAUAUAUACUUAGGAGUCUAAACAUUUAUUUCAAUUAUGGUCUGUUUGUGUGAGUAAAAGCUUAAGAAAUGUGGAAUUUAAUAAAGCGUUUUGAACAGUUA